AUGGUUCUGCUAAUUUUCGAUCAGAUGACCUCUUUUACCACCAGUAGACUCACCUGGUUCUCACAAUUUCACCUCAUCCUACCCCUUACAGGUAAAGAUGAGAAAGAAGUGCUAUCAAGUAACAAACGAACGAAACACGAAUACUCCCGAAGUACGAACUUCGAUAACAUCGUCAAACAGUACGACUCCCCCAAACAAGUCCCCAAGUGUAAAACUAACUUAACUGCUAGGCUCGGACACACUCACGAGGCAGGAAACGAGAGCAGUCGCUCUAGUUUAUACUCUAUUCCGUCUAUAGAGUGGGAUGGACGCUGCAAGUCCGACUUCGGACUUCGAAGUCGGUCCCUCCCCAGAAAUAGGACAGCUAGGCUUUUCAGAACCCAAUCCCAUAGCGGCUUCAUUAACUCCUACAUGAAAGACCCCGAACCUACUCAUUAUCAUGUUCCUAGGUGUAGGUCUUGUGGUGCUUCUAACGUUUCCUACGCUUUCGAGUUGAGCAAGGAAGAGAAGGGUAAAAAAGCUAAAAAUCACCCCUCUAUCUACUAUUCUGUCGAUAAUAUUCCACAAAAAUGUUCAGAGGAGGUAGCGAGAGAUCCAACGUAUGUUAAAGUACAGGAGAAGUUUGUACCAGUCUUCAAAGUUGAGAAGAAAGAUGUAGAAUUUGUUGAGAGUCAAGAGUUUAACGAAGACAAUUAUAUAGGAGAUAUCGGUAAUAGUUUCUCUUCGGAAAACCAAACUGUUAUUGAAAAGUCUGAUGCUAAUGACCAAACUGUUCAGAUUUGUGAGAAAAAUGCUCAAAUCUCUACUAAAAGUACUAUUAAAGAUGAUAAGGAGACUUUGACGAGGGAUUUAGAGGAAGAUGAUGGUAUAGAAGAUGUGAACAAAACAUUAGAAUCUAUGGAAGGAGAGUACCACAGCUUCACAGACUUAGAAGACUCUUACGAGAGUCCUGUCAAAGAAUUAGUAGAGAAAGACAUACGAGAUUAUUCCGUGCCAAUAGACUUUUACUGCGAGGAUUUCAAAGCUAAAGAAGAAGUAAAGAAAUCGCCUCUAAAAGUCAAAAAUACACUCGAACCUAUUUUGGAAGAAUCUAAAAGUUCUUACGGAGACGACUCCAAUACUUCUCAGAAUGAUAAGAAGGAAGAAGUGGUUGAAAAUAUAGUCGGUGAUGUUGUGAAUAUAGCUGUGUUGGCUAGUCAGUUGAAACAAGAAAUUUCUACUAUUGCAGCUCAAAAAGUUACACCGGAAGCGCUAGUAGCCGAAUGUGUAAGCAGACAAGAAAGUUAUUUAGUGAACGAAGAAGGUUCGGACAUAACAGCUAAUGAUGUAGAAAGCUUCACUACAAACGUUGUACAAACGGCUGUAGAUAUCUACGAAAAUGAAGCUUCGGAGCAAGAUAUGUUAGACUCUGUGUACGACAAUGUAUUUGAAAUACUAUCAAAUGAAAAUGAAUCAGAAGUUAAUGAAGUUAAGAGACAAAAUUCCUUGGCGAGCACUCUCAGUUCCACAGAAAGAAUCAGCAUGGAUUCAACAGCUGAAUUCGAGAAAUACGAAGUUGUUUCUGAGAUUUUAAGUGGUAUUCUAAGUAGGAUAGAGUUUGUAGAAAUUGUACUGAAAGUGAAAACUCCUAAAGUUGAGCUUUUAGAACAUUUUAAUACUGAUGAUGAUAUUCAGGAGACGUUCUCUAUCGCGAAGAUGAUUGCUGAUAUUGAACAGAGUGCGUGUCUCAAUGAGACCGUGUUAACCGAAGUUAGCGACACAGAUAUAGGGCAAACUAACAAAAUUAUUGAAGGUAUCAUUUACUACAUAUUCGAUAGAGCCAUGUUUAUAAACAAUCAGAAACUAAAAAGUAAUAAAAAAACUGUUAAAAAAGUGAUCACUGUCGCUGAUUUUGAAGAUAUCCUAUUUACCGCUAAACCGAUAUGGAUGGAUUCCGAGGAUUAUGAAGAGAUACCUUUAGAGGAGAAACAAAGCGUGGAGAAGGAUUUUUAUGCUAUUAAAGACUUUUUCAACGCGAAAUGUCUUCAGAGUGCAACAGAACAAAAAAUAAAGAAAAUUAAGGAAAAGCGUUGUGAUUGUGAAAAGGCUGCAAAAGUAGAUGACGAUGUAGUAGUUAACAGUCAUGAAAAGAGCUGUCAAUGUGAUGACCAUGUUGAUGACAAUAGCGAACACAACGAACAGGUUCAUGAUAAACCUCAAGAAAAUGGCGAUGUAUUAGAUGACGAAAACCAAGUAUAUUUCGAUCCAAUUGUUAACAAUAUAGAAGUUAUAGAGGAAAAGACAGAUUACUGCAAACAAGUAGCCAUUUACCACGAAUACAAACAGAAUUUAACGUACAUUUUAGAUAAACCGACUUUCAGUGAUUUGGAUACAACAAAUUUUAACUUGGAACCACAAGUAGACAAUAAUAUUACAACGAAUGAUGCUUCCAAAACUGCAGAUAUAGAACUUAAUGAAACAUUUGUAGAAACCAGCGAUAUGAACAAUGCGUUUCACGAGGAUUUCAGCCAAUCAGAAGACGCGACCAUUUCGUCACAAACCGAAGAGUGUUUCGUCACACCCGACGUUGAUCUCACUUCGGAACUCAAAGAGAAUAUAUCUCUAGAGACAGAUACGUAUGUUAUAGAGACAGUUAUUGACACAUCUCAGGAAGAAUACCAUUCGACAGUUAAUGAUGAAUUUAAAGAUAUAUCGGACAGGACUGAGGAGUUUGCGAGCUUCUCAGUUCAAUCAUCUGCCAAUAAUAUAGAAGAAUAUCUAAGUCCUAUAAGAGAUCCGUCUCUAGAAGAUACUAUAUUCUCUCCAGAAUACAGAGACAUAUCUUUAAUAACAAAUAACGUAAAAGAGGAUACUAAGAAGAAAGAAAGUUCUAGAAAGCGCAAGCAUGUGAAAGAAGCGCAAAGUCGAUCAUCUUCCCCUAACAGAAAAACUACAAAACAGUUUGAAUUAAAUGAAUCUCCUAUCAAAAGUGAAUCUAAAGCUACACCUUUAAAAAAUCUAGCUAAACGUAGAGCAUAUUCAGAUAUUGCGUCACCAUUUAUGAAGAAAACUCAUGUUUUAGCCAUGUCUCAAACUGAACAUUCCGGUGGGGUUAAAUACUGGCUGUCAUUUGACGAGAAUCUACCUGUAGUAGAAACUGAAAAAGUAGCUAGAAAUGUCAAAAGUAUUGAUGAUACUCUACCCAGUUUCAUAUCUAUAGAUAUUGACGAAGAUAGCAUGGAAGGGAAUCCUAAAAAGUUCUUUGAUAAAGCUACCAGUAUGAAUACUAAAAGAUCCAGUGUGCUUUUACAUGAAUAUAAUGAGAAUGAUAUCAGUUUUCCUUCUCCUUCUACUUCUAACAUAGAGUUCGCAAGAGAAAGAGUAAGAGAAAUUGUAGCUGACCCGGAAUUGGAACGUGAUGAUACGGAUAAAGAUUUGCCUCAAAAGAAAUUGCUAUAUGAGCUACAUAGCCGACCGUCUAAAAGGUUAUACUCAAGCUGGCCCCCAUUCGAAGAUACGCUAUUCUACAGGAUAAUAUCGAAGUUUAGGAUGUCUGAGAGUUUCGAUCCUAACGAUUUAGAGGACCCCAAUUUCGACAGUAGUGCUUAGACUCGAAUAGGAUAGUUAAUGCCGGUAUGGGAUAGUGUCAGCCGGAAUAGGAUAGUAUCCGCCGGAAUAGGAUAGCGUCAGCCGCAGUGGGAUAGUUUUAACCGGUAUAGGAUAGUAUCAGCCGGAAUAGGAUAUUAGCAGCUUGAAUAGGAUAGUCGGAUCGUGUGUAGGUAGUAAACAAGGUAGGUGCUAUAAUUGUAUGAGUAAAAUUGUACUUAUUUAAAUAGGCUAGAUUUGCUUAAAAUGGGUGUCAUUGCAAAUAUUCUAAAAAGAAUUAUGCAGUUAUACGGUUUUAGGUCGAAAAUGUAAUUUCUUCAAACGUUGAAACUUUUCGGAUAUUUUGCUUUAAAUGAACCCUAAAGGGAUAGUUAUAAUAAGUUAGGUAUCUUGUAAAAGCAGUCCAAAGCACAGAUAUUAUAAAGAUAGAAAAGGUCUUCUUUUUCUUUCAUAAAAGAUAAAGGUUUUAUAACCAAAGAAAUGUAUUUUUAUAGAAGCAUGUUUUUUUUAAUAUUGUGAAUGUAGUUUAUAUAAUUAUUAAUAUGUUUUUGUUAAUAUUGUAAGUGUUUUUAAAAUGCGAUUUUCAGUAUUAGAAUUAAUUCUUACGAUUUUGUUUUAAUUUUAAAACUUAUUUUUCUUGUGUUAGGGAAAUAUUUCGCGGCGAUUUCUGAUAACAAAUAAUUAUGUUCUGUAGGCAUGUAAAAUAUUUCUAGUAGGUAUCCUAGGCCCUUUUGAAACAAUAAUAUAAAAGUCAGUUUGGCCCCUUUUGAACCGACAACAUUAAAGUCAGUUUUCUAAAACAACGGUUUACUUUGAAGAUUGAACGUGAUUUUUUUUAGCAAACAUUUGUUUUAAGAAAACUAUCGGUGAAGUGACGUCGUAAAGUAUCGAUAAAAUAUCUCAGUCACAUCCCUAGUGUAGGUAGGUUCUAUGAGUUUCUAGAAUAGUGAUGUAACUAAUUCAAACGUUAACAAUUUUAUUUUUUAAUUGGCAACCCUGUCAUAUGUCGCUUCUGUAAUAUUUUCACUAACUCAUUGUUUUUGUAUACUUGUGUUUGUUUGUCCGCUAUUAAAGUGUGUGUCUGUCUUAUGUGUGUGUUUCUGUGUAGAUAGUGCCUUUGUGUUACUAAAGCAAGGGUAUACACUGAUUUUGGUAGGUUUUUAAGCUUAGGCAAGGAGUUUUUUUUCAGAUUGAGGUAAUAAAGUAUGUAGUACAUAUGUGCAUUAUUUCUGAAGCCGAAAUCAGUAUAAUAUCGUUGCUACACUGUUGAUAUUUCACUACGGGUUGGGUACAUUUAUCUAGGUUGCAACCGACUGAAAUCGUGGUUGACUUUAAUGUGCACCCGACAACGAGCGUUCCUAAUAUUCUAUCUAUGCGCUGAUUUCCUUGCUAAAGACAAAAUUUUGAGAUUAACCCCAUAAAAGUAAGUAAAUCAACAAAAGAUAGAUAGAAUAUUGGGAGUGGUGCUGUGAAUGUUCUUCUUUGUUUAAAGAGGCAUUUGUCCAGCUGUGGUUAUGAAUACUGAACGUUUACAUCUGAUCUAUCUAUUAACAUCUGAUUUUUACCCAUACUCUAUUUGACUGUGCAUUUGACUAAAGGUAAACAAUCUUGAUAGCACUUUUAACAAAAAUACGUACCUAUUAAACAAAAAUACUGCUUACAAUAAUGAUUUUAUAUUACAUUUUUAAACUGAGCUUUAAAAAUGAAAACUCAUCAUGUAUCAAGAUUUACCUUCAGUCAAAUGCCUAGCCUAUUUGACACUCUUUGGGUGCACUAAACAUUCUUUUUUUUUGCCUUUUUAUGUACAUAAAUAUUUGGUUGCAAUGUCCAUGUUUGCAUACAUAGAGGAAUGCUUUUGUUCUGACCUGCUUUGCAUGCUCGAGCACAGCUUUCACGUGGUUUCGGGGCAGAAGGUUCGUGGUCACGACGCACACAGGUAUGUAAAACUAACACUGGAAUGGCUUGGGAAUGUUUCAAUUAGUUUAUAAGUACAUUUUAUAUCUUUUCUAGCUUGUUCAGGGGUCUAUUUUAAGGAUAAAAGCCUAUAUGUUAUUCUGAUGUGUAAGAUAUAUUAUUGUAAAGUUUCAUCAAAACUUAUUCAGUAGCUAAAGUGGAAAAAACUUACAGACAUACAAACUCACUGAACUUGCAUAGUAUGCAUACAAGUACAACAAUAAAUCAGACAUAUGGCUAUGGAAAAAAUAUAUACCACAUACAUAAAAAUGUUAGGCAAAUGAUGUGUAGUCAAGGAGAAAAUCUGCAUAAUUAGCGAAAUACUACCGGAUUAAAAUCAUCUUCAGAGUACCAAGUUUUAUCCCAAUCGGUUUCACUAUUUCUCAGUGAAAAUGUAACACAUACUUUUUCGAUUUUUUAUCGGUUCAAGAUUUUUCGCGUGGUUACAUCCAGUACCCGGAUUAAAAGUUGCCUGUCCAAGAACCAAACUUUAUCUGGAAACCAAGUUUUGUUUAAAUCCUUUCUAUAGUUUUAGCCCCAAAACUACUUUACUUUUGUAAGGAAUAUAUUAUUGUUAUUACUAAAUGAUUAUAAUAAUGGAUUUAUCGUACG